UUUUUUUUUAAACUUUUUUUUUUUUUAUUUUCACUUUCCUUUGUAAACUUGAAUUAUCAAAUAAUGGAUAUUCAAGAAAUACUACCUUCUACUGAUCAACGUAGUCUUCAUUAUGCCGAACCACCUAAUCCACAUUAUCAUCCUUCGACUCAGCCUCAAACUCAUCCUAGCAUAACAACAACUGAUACAACAACAGCAACAACAGGAGUUACAGAUACAACGUCAUCAUUACCAACUGAUUCUUCUUCUCUUGCCACCAUACCAGAAUAUGAAAACUCUAAUCCUUCUCUUGUAGAUAAUACAGACUUUUUACCAACAACAACUAUCACCAUGUCCGAAGAUCCCAUAUUACAAGAAAAUGAUAAUGAAAACAAUGAGGAUCCUCUUUUACCAUCUGGAUUGAAUCCCGCUUUACUUCUUAGUGGACGUUUUGAUAAACGAAAAAGUAGUCCUGCUAUCCUUGGGCUUCCAUUUGGUAUCACCGACGACCCACAAUUGGAUUUACAUUUAUCACAACAUCGAAAUUCUAUUGAAGCUGCCAUGUUACUCGCCAAUUUUAAUCGUGUACCAACCAUUACAAAAGAAACAUCAAAAGAAACUUCCAAAGUACCAGCACAACAACAAUGGCAAGAUGAUCUCUCUGUUGCAGCACAAACUCAAGAAAAAACGGCUGAUCAAGAAGUUGCAUCUCUUCGACGACAUUCUUAUGAUGUGGGUAUGAACUGGAAUUCUAUGCCUCAACAAUUUAGAGAUCGGACUGAUUUGUUUAACAACGAUGCCAGUCAUAAUAUCACCCCCGCAUACGGUGUUGCAUCUGCAUUCAAGCCGGUAUUGAAACAAGAAAAUGAUCACCCAUAUUACACUGGUAUGAACGACGUUAAACACACUAAUCGUAUUACAUGGACUCAAGAUGGUUUAUAUCAAUCAUCCUCUUCUGGUUCUUCUACACCCACAUCAUUAGCGCCUUAUCCAUUACUUCAUCCUCAUAUGUAUACCGAUCAACGUCAUCCAUCCGACCGUCAUGAUCCUUCUCUUGUACACCCGUUAGCUCAUCAAUCUUCCACCAAUAGCAACAAUGAAUCUACUGCUGGACAGAAAAGAGAAUUCGCUCAAGAACAUUAUUCUUAUUCGCAUUAUGGUGAUCAACAACAGCAGUCUAUUCAUCCUCAUCAUCCUCAUCAUGUUUAUCUUCCACCUCAACAACAACAACAACAACAACAAUCUGGUUAUUAUUAUCCUAAUCCACAUCAUCAUCCUAUUCCUCCUCAUACACCUCAUCCUUCUCUUGGUGGUAAACUUCCUCUUCCUACAACACAAGGAAUGCAAUCUUCUUCUUCCACUUAUCCUCAAGGUACUCAUCCUAUGCAUUUACAACAUCCUUCUCAUCUACAAGCUGGAUUAAGUCCUCAUCCAUCAUCACUUCCACCUGGAGAUUAUGCUGCUUAUCAACAAGCUGUACAUGCUCAUGGUCAUCCUGCAAAUAAUAUGAUGCUUCCUCCACCAGCAAGACCCAAACGGAAACGUGUGCCAAAGGAAACGGAAGAAAUCGUUGAAGCUGGUGAUGCAGAUUUCCCCGAUAUGUGUCCUCGUGAUGUGGAAUUGGCCAAAACUGAUCCUGAAGCAAGACCUAGACGACAAAAGUUACGAUUUGAAGGUGAUAUGUAUACUCCAAAAUGGGUACGAUAUAAUGGACAAUCCAAAGAAGGUUUAUGUGAUACAUGUCAACCUGGUCGUUGGCUUCAAUUGAAAAACAGUGCUUAUUGGUACCACAAACAAUUUUAUCAUGGUAUCUCCUCAGUUUCUGGUGCUGAAUUUGUACAACCAGUGGAAACAAGAUGGGUGGAUCAAGAUUUAGUAGAAGGACUUUGUCAUCAAUGUCAUCAAUGGGUAGCUGUUAGUAAUGUCAAAAGAAAGAAUAGUGUCCUUUGGUUUAGACAUGCUCACAAGUGUCAUGUUUAUCAUAAACCAAAGAAUGCCAUUGCUCGAAGACCAUGAAAUUGUCCAUGUAGAAAUCUCUAUUUGAUUCUCUC